UGCGAUCCCACAAUCCUGUGCGUCUAAUAUGGCGGCGCUCGCAGCGUACCGGAGUUGCUGUCAGCUGCCGGUUUUGUCAUCUUGGCAAUGUGGGAUUGCAUGGAGAAGAGGUAUACAGACAACAGUACCAUGCUUCAAGAACCGAGCUGCCCGUGUUCGUGUUGGCAAGGGUAAUAAGCCAGUUACCUACGAGGAGGCGCAUCCACCUCACUUCAUUGCUCACAGAAAAGGUUGGCUGUCUCAACAUACCAGCAAUCUGGAUAGCGAAGAGGGAGCUGCAGAACGCACAAUUGAAGAUGUCUUCAUCCGCAAGUUUAUAUUUGGAACAUUCCAUGGAUGUCUGGCCAAUGAAGUGGUGUUGAAGAGAAGAGCGAACAUCAUUGUCAUCUGUGCCAUCUUCAUUCAAAAAAUGCCACCUCAAAAGUUCUAUUUCCUAAUAGGCUAUACUGAGACUCUCCUCUCGUAUCUGUAUAAAUGUCCUGUCAAGAUGGAAAUUCAGACAGUGGAUAAGAAGACUGUAUACAAAUACAUCUGACCGUAUGCUCAAAAAUCAUGACUUACUGAUAUAUGCUCCAUUAUUCAAAGAGUCCUGUUGCCUGGUUGUUUUGUAAUUAAGAAGCAAAACUGCUCUACUUGAUAUUUUGGAUACCAGAUGGAAAAUGCUGCAAUAAUUUAUAUUUUUGUUUGCUACCUUUUCUAAUUUUGUCCUUCUCAGAAAUUAUACAGUGUUUGUGCGCAUUAAAACUUUGGGCUUUGUGGAUGGAGGAGUCAGGCUCCUACCCUUGAACUCCAUGCCACCUCUAGUGCAAGAAGGCACUACAGAACUUACAGGGCAACUCAAUGAAGGCCAGUAAAUUACUGAACAUGUCCAAUCAUCUUUGGCUGCAGUUGCUCAUUGGAGCACUCUGUCCGAAGAGAAAUUGGAGGAACAGUUGGUCAAACUACUCAGAAGUACCACUUAAUCCACACUUGUUGGGGAAAUGGUGAUGUUGACAUGUGAGUGAGGAAAAUAAACUUUAAAUGAGUGUGCAACAGGUCUUGGUAUUCUUGGAAUAGACCAGGGACACAGUUAAGACUGUUUCCUUCAGUAGCAUUGGUUUGGGGCCAGGAAGGAAGUCUCUGAAAUCUGCAGCAUUUCCCAUUUGGCAGCACUGUAUGUCCCCACUCCUGUAGUCACAGGGAAAAAAAAAUUGUACCAGACUCAUGUAAAAUUCUAAGUUACUUCAUGACCAUUUUACUGUUCAAGAGACUGUCUACCAUUGUAAUUGUGCUAUACAAUUGAAGUUGUGUUAAUAAACAGCUUACUAUAAAA